AUGGUGGCCGAAGACGACUAUUACGCAUUCGAUAACGAGUCUCUUCUACGCUCCAGAACCGGUGCGUCUGGAGUGCAGCAUGGAGACUCGCUAGUGAGGCGAGACAGAAACGAUUUCGCGGACCCUGGCAACCCGCAUCACUACUAUGCCCAAAAAGCACAGGAGCAGCGACAAAAGGGCCAUGUACAAGUCCAGGAGUCCAUUCCGCUCCAGGACAUGUCCGACAGGCCGCAAAAGGCGGCUCAGGCUAAGAAAGCUAAUUCGCUCUCGUUGUGGCAGCUAUACUGCUAUGUGAUCACAUUCUGGGCGCCAGCGCCACUCCUUUCGCUGUUCGGAAUGACCAAAAAGGAGCGCCAAUUUGCAUGGAGAGAGAAAAUAGCUCUCCUCUCGGUUAUAGUCUACGCCGGUGCGUUUGUUGCGUACCUAACCUUCGGAUUUACGCGGACUGUCUGCAGUGGCUCCAUUCUCAGACUAAGGAACAAUGAGGUUUCGACGGGCUACUUGAUUAUAAACGGCAAGUCUUACUCUCUAGACUCUUCUUCGCACCCAGAAGCAGCGGGGAUCGAGGAUGGCACCAACGUCCUCUACCCACCAAUCAAUGCCGGCGGGAUGGAUGCGUCUUUCCUCUUUCAAAAUGUCAACGGCAACUGCAAGGGCCUCAUUACUCCAAAAGACAACUGCUCGAUCCCGUACUCGGAUGACAGUCUUGCCUGGUACUUCCCUUGCAAGCUUUUCUCUCAGGAUGGUUCCACGCAGCCCAACUUUACCAAAAGCGAAUACUAUGAUGGCUGGGCUUGCCACACCUCAGAAACCGCUCGUGAGGCAUACUAUUCUCUAUCUGCCGCUGCAGAUGUUUACUUCACUUGGGACGAUAUCAAGAACUCUACAAGAAACCUGGUUGUGUACAAUGGCCAUGUUCUUGACUUGGACUUACUUAACUGGUUGCAGACAGAUGACUUAGACUACCCCCCUUUAUUUGACCAGUUGAGAGACUCCAAGUUACAAGGCUAUGACAUAUCGUUGGUGUUAUCAGACUCAUUCGAGAGGAGAGCUGCUCGGUGUUUGUCGGAAAUAAUUAAGGUUGGCGAGAUAGACUCUUCAACAAUUGGUUGCUUGGCUUCUCAAGUCGUACUUUACAUUUCGCUUGUUUUCAUCCUGUCUGUUGUGGUUUUAAAGUUCCUGAUUGCAUGCUACUUCAGGUGGUUUGUAGCUAAAAAGCAAGGUGCAUUUAACGACGACAACAAAACCAUGAAUCAGCAUGCCAAACAGAUUGAAGACUGGUCUGGAGAUAUGAAUGCUCAGGGUCCCAUAAGAAAAAUGGAGCCUUACUCAAGGCCAGGAGACCAGCGCAGACUUUCCACAUUAGAUCUUAUUAAGCGGAACUCUCGGAUGCUUCUCAAUGAUACUGUUGAUGUUACGGAUAAAUUUCAUGGUAUGACAACUAUGACCACCCAGUCCUAUCUGAAAGCAAACACACCAGACAUUAAUCUCGACAAAAACGCUUUCCAGUCUCCCUUCACAAAUGAUUUGAUAUCGUCUUCCCAGGCCCAGGAAACUUUGGACCCUACAAUCAUUCACCCUGAAGUUGUCACACAACCUCCAGCUGACUAUAUGCCUUCAUCUUACCCAUUGAUACAUACCGUGUGUUUUGUGACCUGUUAUUCCGAGGAUGAAGAAGGGCUACGGACAACUUUAGACUCACUAUCGACCACUGACUACCCGAACUCGCACAAACUUAUCAUGGUGGUUUGCGAUGGUAUCAUUAAAGGUUCCGGAAAUGACCGCACCACCCCCGAGAUCGCGUUAAGUAUGGUUGAGGAUUUCGUGGUUCCUCCAGAAGAGGUGGAGCCUCACUCAUAUGUUGCUGUUGCUUCAGGUUCGAAGAGACAUAAUAUGGCGAAGGUUUAUGCAGGAUUUUACAAGUACAACGACGCUACGAUCCCCUCUGAACUUCAACAACGUGUACCAAUGGUCGUUGUUGUAAAGUGUGGAACUCCGGACGAACAAGGUUCUAUGAAACCUGGUAAUAGAGGUAAGCGUGAUUCCCAAGUGAUACUCAUGUCGUUUUUGCAGAGAUUGACUUUUGAUGAAAGAAUGACAGCCUUUGAAUAUCAACUUCUGAAAAAUAUCUGGCAAAUUACUGGCUUGAUGGCUGAAUUUUACGAGCUGGUUUUGAUGGUCGAUGCCGACACUAAGGUUUUCCCAGAUUCUUUAACUAAUAUGGCCGCUGAAAUGGUGAAGGACCCUGAAAUUAUGGGCUUAUGUGGCGAAACAAAAAUUGCGAAUAAAGGCACAUCUUGGGUUACGUGGAUCCAGGUAUUUGAGUAUUAUAUUUCGCAUCACCAAGCUAAGGCUUUUGAGUCUGUAUUUGGAAGUGUUACAUGUUUACCUGGCUGCUUUUCUAUCUAUAGGAUUAAGGCUCCAAAGGGAAAAGACGGCUACUGGGUACCCAUCUUAGCGAAUCCAGACAUUGUUGAAAGGUAUUCUGAUAAUGACACGGGUACAUUACACAAAAAGAAUCUUCUUUUGCUGGGUGAGGACAGAUUUCUUUCCUCUCUUAUGCUGAAAACCUUCCCAAAAAGAAAACAGGUCUUCGUCCCCAAAGCAGCUUGCAAAACUAUUGUCCCAGACAAGUUUAAAGUCCUCUUAUCACAGCGCCGUAGAUGGAUCAACUCGACAGUUCACAAUCUGAUGGAACUCGUUCUUGUUAAGGAUUUGUGCGGUAGUUUUUGCUUUUCCAUGCAAUUCGUCAUCGGAAUGGAACUGAUUGGUACGAUGGUUUUGCCAUUGGCUAUCUGCUUUUCGAUUUACGUGGUUAUAUUUGCUAUUGUUUCCCACCCAACACCCAUCGUUACCCUCGUAUUGCUGGCUAUUAUAUUGGGUCUUCCCGGAUUGCUGAUUGUUGUUACCGCAACCCGUAUAUCCUACUUGGGGUGGAUGUUCAUUUACCUUUUAGCCUUACCAAUCUGGAAUUUCGUGUUGCCAGUUUAUGCUUACUGGAAAUUUGACGAUUUUAGUUGGGGCGACACAAGGACAAUUGCAGGUGGGAAUAAAUCCGCACAUGAAGAAGAAGAAGGUGAAUUCGAUCAUUCUAAGAUCAGAAUGAGAACCUGGAGAGAAUUUCAAAAGGAGGAGCACUCCAAUGACGAUGACCGGGGUCAACAUUCAAGGUUGAAUUCCAUUUUGAACCUGGACCUGCUGCCAGAAAGCAGCAACUUUCAUAGAUGA